ACGUGCUAGAUAAGGAUUAGGAUAAAUAGCAUUAUUUUCUGAUAAAUUUUUUUAAAUGCAAUGAUUAAAGUUCUGGUCAAAUAUAUCUUAGUAUACGCAAAUGAAUAUUUAGAAUUUAGGCUGACAGAGUUUAAAGCACUCAAUUCAUUAUUUGGAAACAAUGUUCAAUAUUCCAUAAAUGAUUUUAAAACUAAAAAUCCAUUUAUUAUUGUUGAAAGUUGUGACAAAGCCUCAAUGGUUAAUAUUGUUAAACGAUCAAUAUUGAUAAAGUAUCUUCUUGAAUAUUGGGCAAAUUCUUCUAGUUCUGACCUACUUGUUCUCAAGCUUAAAUCAUAUCCUAUAUCCUUUUAUGAAAAAUACAGACACUCAAAUUUUAAAUUCAAAUUCCAUUGUUUUGGGCAAACAAUUUCACAAGAAGAAAAGUUGGACAAAAUGGAGAUGCUCUCAUUUUUACCAUUCGAAGGUCGCGUCAAAUUAAAUGAUCCUGAACAAGUUUUUAUAUGGUUAGAAUAUUACGAUGAAAAAUCACAAACGAUAGACGAUUAUAAUGCUCACUUAUAUUUUGGUCGAUGGUUAUCCAAUGGCCUGAGAGCAAUAGCUUCAAAUUUUAAACUCUCCGAUCGUAAAUAUAUAGGUAAUACGAGUAUGGAUCCUAAGCUAUCAUUUUUGCUCACUAAUAUAGCUCAAAUAACUGCUACGGAUUUAGUUUUAGAUCCAUUUGUUGGAAGCGGUAGUUUGAUAUUGAGCGCGGCAUACCACGAAGCAUAUGUAUCCGGUAUCGAUAUCGAAAAAAAGAUGUUAUAUGCUACAGGAAAAUCUAGUAGAUAUGGUCAAAAAUGGAAGACAAAAGAUGAAAAUAUUUGGAAUAAUUUUAAGCAAUAUGAUCUUGAGCGAUAUUAUCUAGACGUUGUCUUAUCCGAUUCCACACUUCCCUUAUUUCGAAAUCAAUUAUUUGAUGCAAUAAUAACAGAUCCUCCAUAUGGGAUUAGAGAGAGCUGCUCUAAAAAUUUUAAUCAAACUGGAUCUGAUACUUUAAAUAGCUCGAGUCUAGAUCAGGAGGAAUAUAAUUUGAGCUAUAUUUACAAAAGUUUGUUGGAUAUCGCAUUAAACGUUUUAAAUCCGGGUGGAAGAUUAGUGUUUUGGCUCCCGUUUGUUAUGGAAGAUAUUAAAAAUUAUGAUAGUUUGAAUUCGGAUAUAAUUUCUAAAAUCAAAAAACAGAUUUUACCGUUUCAUCAUUUAUUCGAACUUGAGAAUUGUGAUUACCAUUCGAUCAUAGGAAGUAGAAUGGGUCGGUUUCUUGUAUGCAUGAGGAAAAAAAUAUUAAACGUUUCGGAUUUUUCUGUUUAUACAAAAAUAAAUAUUAAUGAGUUGAAAUUUUUAGAUUCUACUAGGGAUAUAUAUUUUAAUUCUCAUUCAUGUCAAUAAAUAAAUGCGCGCUAUAAUUUGAGCUUUUUGCAUUUGUAAUUACUAUAUAUUUUUAAAGUCAUUUUAGCCCUUUCUUGAGCCUCAAAGUUGUUGAACUAUUGAAUAUUACAUCAUAAACCGGGUCUCAGAGCGAGCAGGGUUGGGCAAAUUUUCAGAAAAUUAUGGCCGAAUACAGAUGUUUUUUAAAAUUUUGCAUUUAAGACACUAGAUACUUAAUAAAAUUUCAAUAAGAUACUUGCAUAUUAUUAAAAAACAAAUAA